CCAAGAGUACUUAUCCACAGUAGUGCCUGUUAGAUCUUGUACUCAAUUGAGAAUGCUUGAACAGGGGCCUCACCGGCGGAAACCCAGCGGAGGUGAGGCGGGCCAAGCAGGGCCGACGCCUAUUCCGGUCUUUUAAGCAUUUAUAUUAAUGUUUUCCGUCCAUCAGCGCUCCUUUGAGAAUUAAGUUGAGCGCCUGUUGGUUAGUGGGAUGCUCAUCCAGCCCCGGAUCGGACAUGGAGAUGGGAGGCAAGGAGGAGGCAAUGUCUGAAGAGGAGGCAGGCGAGCUCGCGCAGCGACUGGCGUUGGGAAGCGUGUUGCCCAUGGCUCUCAAGACUGUGGUCGAGCUGGGCGUGCUGGAGCUGAUGGCAGGGCACGAGCUCACCCCAGAGGAGCUGACCGCCCAGCUGCCCACCAACAACCCAGACGCACCAGCCAUGCUUGACCGCAUCCUCCGGCUUCUUGCCAGCCGCUCUCUCCUCACCUGCACCUCCACUACCGACGUUGACGGCAAAGUCCAAAGGCGAUAUGGGCUGGCCCCUGCAUGCAAGUUGCUGGUCCCUAACCGGGACGGCGCAUCUCUGAGUCAUCUACUUCUGUUGAGCCAAUGUAAGGCUUUCAUGGAGUCCUGGUAUCACCUCAAGGAUGCAGUGCUCGAGGCCAACGGCGUCCCAUUCAACAGAGCGCAUGGGAUGGGUUUCUAUGACCACCUUCCCCAAGACCCUUGCUUGAAUGAGCUCUUCAACAGCGCGAUGCAAAAUCACUCGACCGUUGUUACGAAGAAGAUCCUGGAGGUCUACGAUGGCUUCCAUGGCAUCCGGUCGGUGGUAGAUGUUGGGGGAGGGACGGGAGCUAAUUUGAGUCUGAUUACUGGUAAAUACCCAGGGAUCAAGGCGGUAAACUUCGACUUACCACAUGUCGUUCAGAAGGCUCCCGAAUUUCCAGGAGUGGAACAUGUCGGAGGAGACAUGUUUUCCAGCGUUCCCGCCGGAGACGCCAUCUUUAUGAAGACGAUUCUUCUCAACUGGGGGGAUGAUCGGUGCCUCAAACUGUUGGGAAAUUGCUGGAAGGCUCUGCCGGAGAAUGGCAAGGUGAUCGUUGUGGAGAUGAUUGUGCCAGAAAUUGUUGAGAACAGUUCAGCCUCGUCUUCUGUGUUUCAGCUUGACCUCUUGAUGUUGACGGUUUUGGGUGGGAAACUGAGGACGGAGAAGGAAUUGGAGGUCUUAGCAAGGGCCGCCGGUUUCACUGGGAUCAAGUCCAUAUGCUCAGCUCUUGACUUCUGGGUCAUCGAAUUCUACAAGGGCAGCACGACGGCAGGGGAGUGACAUACAAAUACGUGAACGCACCAAGUACAUAUGCAGGACGGUACGUCAUGGCGAUCGGCGUUGGUGAUAAAUAAGGAGGGAACUGAGAAGACAAAAUAAGACCGGAUCAGCUUCACAGCUUGUGAUGAGGAUUAAGGCUCUUUCUGCUACCUCUUCUGUCUCCCUCUUUCUGAUCUGCCGUGUUUGUUUUAUUCACGCUUUCUUUGUUUUGCAGUUUAUGUGCUUUGGUUACUUUAUCUUUCUGCCAUGGAUGUGAGCGCGGUACACGAAAGAUAUCUUUCGAGCAGAAAUUGGAAGCUCGCAAGCUAGCGACUCCGUUCAUAUAUGUUGCUAGGAACUUGUAAAUCUCAUGCAAUUGAUGCGAUAUGAUA